AUGGAUUAGAAGAAUUAAUGGAAUUAAAAAUCAUCAGUAUAAGAAUUUGGAAUACAGAAAUCCAGUUUAUCAAAACCAGUCCAUUAAUAAGUGAAACCAACAUAGUAGGUGGCUCCUAAGAAUGAAUAAUAAGGUGAGAAUCAGUUGGUGAGAAGAGUGACUAAAAGAAAUAUUGGAAUAAAGAAAUCAAUAGUUUCAAAUGAAGGAACAAUUUAUGAGACAUUUGAACCGUUAAUGAAGCCAUAGACUCCAUAAGAUAUAGGAUUUAUAGUAAAAUGCUUUUAAGCUCAUUUCGUAUUUUCUUCAAUGAAUGAAACAUAAUUGUAAGAUAAAUAAUUAAAUGAAGAAUUCAAUUAGCAAAGAGUAUGUUCUAUUGUAGACUGGUGAUAGGAUAGAUGAUAAUAAAAUAAGGAGAUGGAGCUAGCUCUUUUUUUGUAUUAGAGAAGGGAAAGAUAAAUGUUUUGGUUGAUGGAAUAUCUAGAAAAUAAUUAAGUUAAGGAAAUGGAUUCGGAGAAUUAGCAUUAUUAUAUAAUGCUCCAAGAUCAGCAACAUGUGUAGCUAUGGAAGAGUGUUUUUUAUGGGGAAUAGACAGACAUACAUUUAGAAAAAGUGUUGAAAAUGUUAUGAGAAGUGAAUAAGAAAAGAAUAGAUAAUUAUUAGAAUAAGUUAAAUUCUUUAGUAAACUAUUUAAAUUAAAUCUAUAGAUUAAUUGACAAAGGAUUAAAAAGAUGCAAUUUCAGGAGUUUUGAUUUUAUAAAAGUUUAAUCAGAAUGAGAUUAUAGUAAAUGAAGGAGAUCAAGCUAGUUCAUUUUAUAUUAUAGUUGAAGGAAAAUGUGGAGUUUUUAACAAGGAAGAUGUUUAGAUUGCAACUUUAAAUCCAAAAGAUUCCUUUGGUGAAUCAGCAUUAAAACAUGAUAAUCAAAUUAGAAUGAUGACAAUCAAAGCUAUUGAAAAAGAUACCAAAGUUGUAGCUUUGGGUAAAGAUAUGAUCUCAUAGAUAUUGGGUGACAAAGUCUAAUAUAUCAUCUAUAAGAAUAUUUGUAAAUGGGCAUUAAAUAGAUCUAAAUUAUUUGGAAAGGUAUCUGCAGCUAUAUAAGAUAAAUUGCUAGAAGGUGUUAUCUAUAGAAAAUAUCUUGCAGGAUAAAAAAUCAUUAAUAAAGGAGAUAAAGUUGGAUUCUUGUAUGUUCCUUUAGAAGGCAAUGUACUAGAUGAAUAAAAAAAUGUGAUUACUAAUAAUAUUAUAAAUGAAGAAUCUCUCUUUGAUGAAUUUAUAAAUACAAAGCAUGCCCAAUCAUACCAUAUGGAGAAUGAAGGACAUGUGGCUGUUAUUGAUUAUGAUAAAUAUCGUAACAUUAAUGGAAGUGUAGAAAAACUCUUAGAUAUUGAAUAAAUCCAUCCUCAUAAUCAAUAAUCUCAUGACUAAGUCAAAAAACUUUAAUUAAAAGAUCUGGUUUUCUUAAAUAAAUUAGGAUCUGGAUAAUUUGGAUCUGUCUAUCUAUGUAAGGAUAAAAAUAUGGAUACAUUAUUUGCUCUAAAAUAUGUCACUAGAGCACAUAUAUAAUAAUAUGGAAUAUAAAAACAUGUCUAAUAGGAAAAAGCUGUUCUGGAAAUAAUGAACCAUUAAUUCAUACUUAAAUUUUAUAGAUCAUUUAAGGAUGGUGAAAAUAUUUACUUUCUUACAGAAUAUAUAGCAGGAGAAGAAUUAUUUGAUGCAAUUCGAGAAAUUGGAUUACUGGGCAAAUAUGAUUCUCAAUUUUAUACUGCCCAAAUGAUUCUUCAAAUGGAGUAUUUACAUACUGUUCAUCAAAUUGUAUAUAGAGAUAUAAAACCUGAAAAUGUUAUGGUUGAUCAAUUUGGCUAUCUUAAAUUAAUUGACAUGGGAACUGCUAAGACUCUCAAAAAUGUUUGUAAUGCUAUCAUUCUAAAAAAUAGCUCCUCCCAAAACUUUCACUAUAAUUGGAACACCUCAUUACAUGGCUCCAGAAGUCAUUUCUGGAAAAGGUUAUGGAUACUUUGCAGAUUUAUGGAGUGUUGGAUGUUGUCUAUAUGAAUUUUUAUGUGGUGGUCUACCCUUUGGAGAAGAUCAAGAAGAUCCUUUUGAAAUCUAUAAAGAAAUUGUAAAGAAUUCUAUACAUUAUCCACAAUAUAUUACAGAUAAAACAGCUAAAACUAUAAUUGAAUAAUUGAUGAACAAAAUUCCUGAAUGUAGAUUGGGAGGAUCCUAUUCAUCCCUCAAGAACAAUUAAUGGUUUUCAGAUUUUGACUGGGUAUUAAUUAAAUAAUAAUUUCUUAGAAUAAAUUGAUUAAGCGUGAACUUUAACCUCCAUUGAUUCCUAAAAAAGAAAAAGUAAUGAAUAAUUCAUAGAUUGAAGACUAAAUGAAAAAGAAUAUUUUAGUUAUUGAUCAAAUUUAAAAAGAUACUAUGGGAUAGAAGAAGGUCUUUGCAUAACAAAAAGAUGCAGAAUGGGAUUCAGUAUUUUGAUUACAU